UAGAGCACCUGCAUUGGUGUUCUUUUGGAAGAGUCUCUUGCUACAAAAAUUAAUAAACAACUACACAGUAGCAGAGAGAAACAUCAAAAGGUAAGAAUCGUAUGUGCAGGGAGGGACUCAACAUAAUUCUUAAGAAACUAUAGUACUAACGUGUCUUCUUCUAAUUUACCUAACUUUAUUUUACAUUUUAAAAUUAAUUAAUAAAUCAAGUUAUUAAUAUAAUAAUAUGAGAGACUUAGUUUUGAGAAAUCAACCACUAAUGAUGCUCUUAGUACUCUUAUAUAUUGAAACUUUUUUUCUGUUUUACCUUAUACAAUUAUCUAAGGGUUUGCUUAUGUCAAAUCUCAAAAUGAAUAUUCUUUUUCCCAACAGUUCUUAUCUUCUCUGAUUAUAUAUUAUUAUACGUAAAAAGACUUUUUUCAUCUAUAAUAUUUUUUUCUUUUAAAUAUUGAAAUGCAAAGUAAAUAAAAUAGUAAAUUCAAAUAUCAUAAAAUAUCUCAGAUUAUUAACUUCACAACACACCAUUUUAAACUAAUACAAGGAAAAAGAAACACAAUGAAACGAAGGAAACUAGAUUAAUGAAGUCUUUGAGAAGAUGAUCAUCAUAAAAAGACUUUUAUUAGAUGUUUCAUUUGAUCAUCUUUAUACAUUUUUUAUUUUGUUGGUAAAAAACAUUAUAUAUUUAUCAUCACAAUCAUAUAUUAUCAAAUCAUUUCCAUGGGAAACAUUUAAUUUUUUUACCAAGCUUGCAUGGGCUAUCAGGUUUGAUAGUCCAGUAAAAUUUAUAACCGUCAUCUUGAUCUCUCGGAGCAUCAAAUAUAUCAAACUGCUUGACCUGAUCGUUCCAUUGGAAGCUGCAGAAGAACAGUGUUGUUUUCCAUAUAUUUGGCUGAAACGAAAAGUGGUAAUCUGUUUUGGCAGCCACCAUGUGAACCCCCAAAUCGUCAUCUUUGGAUUUGCAAUGAACCGUAAGAACUGGACCUCCAAGAUUAUUUGUCAUCGUGAGGUCGGUUCGGGGCCAUAACGGUGGUAACUCAUGACUCAGACCAAACAAAAGAACCAUGAUCAGAAAAGCAACACAAAGUUUUGGUGAAUUUUUCAUUGAUGCAGGAUUUCUCAAUAAGAUUUGCUAUAUUGGAGUUGAAUUUGUAGGAUGGCUUAACAUAUUCUUUCCAUAUAUAUAUAGUGCUUUUUGUAGUAAUUAAACAAAUGUUUUCUUAAAAUAGUAUAUAUAUUACCAAUUGACCAAUAUGAACAAGCGAACCAGUCAACGUGAGGUUAGGUCCGUUUCGUAACGUUUUUUGUGAAACUUGUCGUCCAAAGAAGACAUGCACAGAACAAAGCGUUUGCUUCGUAACAAGAACUCAAAACAAAUACGUGAAUAUCGAUGUGGUAGUCUCUUUAGUAGUGAUUAAAAGUUUAUUAAUGUUUCCACACUAAAAUAUACUCCCUGUGGAUUUAAAUAUAAAAUGUUUAAGAUUUUACACACAUAUUAAAAAAUAAUAAAUACAUUAUUUUAAUUAUUACUUUUUGAUUAUAUCAAUAAAGUUUCACCACUUAUAAUUUUACUUUUUAAUUUAUGUUUAAAUUUUAAAAAUAAAUACAUUAAUUAUAUUUCAAAACAUCGUACAUUUGUAUACAAGAUAAAAAUAUAGAAUAUCUUAUAUUCGUAUCCGGAGGGACUACUAUGAAUUUGAAUCAUAGAAAACAUGACAACAGUCAAUGUCCAGAUGCAUAUUAAGAAACAAUCCGCGCAACCGAGCAGAUAUUUAUUUUCAUAUAAACAUUUUGUUUUCAAUUCUACAUUGGUAUAUAUUAGUAUAAAAUAUAUGAGGUGUGUCUAUCACCUUUUAAAACAUAAUAAUUUUAUCGUAUAUUUUUUUAUUGAAUUGGUUGUUUCCAGAUAAUUUUUUUGCUUGGAAAAUAUUGAUAACAUUAUAGACAAAUUAUUUAGUUCCUAUAAUCUAGAAAGUGAGUUAUUUAGAUCUAUAAUAAUGAUAAGAUUAUAAAUUAAAUGUAACAUGACUUUCUAGUAAUAGGUCUAUUAGGUCUAUUUUUUUAAAAAUCAUACAUGAGUCAAGGUUGUUACUUCUAUUUUAAUAUAUAAGAUUAAAAAUUAAAUGUAACAUAACUUUCUAGUAAUAGGUCCAUUAUGUCCAUUUUUUUUUUUAAAUCACGCAUGAGUCAAGGUUGUGACUUCUAUUUUAAUAUAUAAGAUUGUAAAUGGCUUGGAUUAUUUGUAUUGAAAUUAAAACAGAGGAUUAAUUUGUGCGAAGUCGUUCAAUUUUGAAGCUUUAUUACAAACACUUAAAAAAAUUAUAAUCUGGACGAACAAUUGUCUCUGCCGUGGAGGACAAGAAACGAAUUGGUAUCGGUCAUCUACUCCUUCAAAGUCUAUGACUUUAUCGUUUACUUCACUCUUGUAAGAUGCAUUCCACUUGAUCAUUCGAUAGUUUUUUUUAUCUGAUAAGGUCGUUUGCUUAUGCGCGUUACAGCCUUACAGGUUCGAUAAAAUGCCUCAUAGACCCUUUUUAGUACCAAAAUACUAUUCAUGUUGAUGUGCUGUCUUUAGGGUUUUGUAUUCUCAACUCUAGCUUAGUUGCUUGUUGUAAAAGGUGUGCUGUUUUGGUCCCAUUGCUAUGUGUUUGGCUCUAGUAAUCAUCUUCACAUGAUCAUGGAUGAUUUGCAGAAAAUGAGAUCCCCUAGAACCCUGGAGGUUUGGAAGCUAGGCACUGUCAACUACUUGAAAUCACUUAAACUUGAAGACAAGUUAGUCUCCGACAGAAAAGCUAAUCGAAUCCCCGAUACCCUCCUCUCUCUUCAGCAUCCACCAACUUACACCCUCGGAAAACGUAGAACCGAUCACAACCUACUGAUCCCUGAAGCUGAACUCAAGGGCCUUGGAGCUGAGCUUCAUUAUACUCAAAGAGGAGGAGAUAUCACUUUCCAUGGUCCUCAUCAUGCAAUCUUAUACCCCAUCAUUUCCUUACGCAGCAUUGGUAUUGGUGCUAGGAACUAUGUAGAGACGUUGGAGAGGUCGAUGAUUGAAUUUGCUUCAGUUUACCGCGUGAAAGCUCGGGCAGGACACAAAGGUGAAACAGGGGUUUGGGUCGGGGAUAGAAAGAUUGGUGCGAUUGGGGUUCGUAUAUCCUCUGGAAUCACUAGUCAUGGUUUGGCCUUCAACAUAGAUCCUGAUCUGAAGUACUUUGAGCACAUUGUGCCUUGUGGGAUUGCUGAUAAAGAAGUCACAUCUCUGAGAAGAGAGACAGAUACUAUGCUGCUUCAUUCUGAAGAAAUGAUGAUGUUGUGUGGAAGGAAGAUCCUUCAUUCAUUUUGGACAACGAGGAGGAGGAGUAUAAAGACUAAUAGUCCUUCAGGUUUAACUCGGUUUAAUCCGGUUUAACUCGGUUUAAUCCGGUUUUGAUUGAAUGUAUCUUACUUACUCUAUGCAAUUCGCUAUUCGAUUAGUUUGCUCUGACUCCUUCCAAAGGAUUUUAUUAACACAAACUUGUAUAAAUCUAAAAAGAUGAGAGUCAUCAUAAUAUAUAAGAAUCAUUGUUCAAGAAAACUAAAGCAAAGAUAAAGAGUAGAACAAAUAGAAAACAAACCAUAAUGCAGAAGGUAUACCUAAAAAGAGAGAAUAAAGGGGAGAGAUGGAAUAGAUGAAGAUGAUGAGUGAAACAAUGGCCAUGACAUGACUAAGACCCAUGAUGCCGCCUUCGAAACAUUCGGGUAAGCUCUGUAGGAAGAUGUAGACCCAUAAAAAGCUACACCAUAAAUAAAUGCUGCGCAGUAGAAACCGAAAAACACCUCGAUCAUGUGCCAUUUGUGUGGAACAGCUAUGCGAAUUUUCGAGUGUUUUAUAUACAAAAAUAUUGCAACGUUUAAGGCUAUCAAGAGUGCGCUCAUGACAAUGUCAUAAAUCACGAAUUUGUUUAGCCUGCAUCAACCCACCAGAAGAACGUAUUAACUAUUUGUAUAUACAAAAAGAGAGAAGCCUAACUUGUUAAUACAAUCGACUGUUAUAUAAAUAUAGUGAUCACUUCUUAUGGGACAACUGGUAAGAAUCGUUUAUGGGACUCACCACCAUGGACGUCGCUUUUUGGUAAUAUUAGUCUGAUUUUCAUCGACCGUAGCAGCAGGAUCCAUGGUUUAGCUUUUUGGUAAUAUUAGUCGAAGUUAAGGCCUUUGUUACUCUUAUAUAACGAAACCUUUUUCUGUUUUACAUAACUUUUACCUUAUACGAUUAUCUAAGGGUUUGAUUAUGUCAAAGCUCAAAAUGAAUAUUUUUUUUUCUCAACAGUUCUUAUCUCCUCUGAUUAUAUAUUACUAGGGGUCUUGGCCCCGUGCUUCAUGUCGAGAAUAAUAUUUGUAUGUCGAAAAUAAUAUAACAUGUUUUUCUGGGCUUUAUUGUUUUGUUUAGCCUAAACAUUAAUAUUUUUUUUAUCUUUGUUAAGAGUCUGAGUGGUUCUUUUGAUAACUCAACUUUCUAAACCAAUUGUUAUAGUUCUUCAAUUUUGUUGUGCCCCCUGAUCAUUGUUUUUUGCCGAUUUGUUCUCUUACCACAAUUUCCCGUUGACCAUCAAUUUCACCAACUCCCAAAAUCAUCACAUUUUAUUCUUGUCUAGACAUAUUUGUUUUUUUUUCUUCCUUUUUUCACUCUAGUAAAACAUUGUGAUAUUUUCCAAUGUAUUUGAGUUCCACAGUUGAUUCCCCUCAUAAAUGUAAUGUGUUCUUAUGUUGAUCGUACAUAUAUAUUCCUGGGUAUUAGCUAGGUAAAACAUAUCACAUGUCCUGAACGCUUAGGGGUAAUUUCAUUCUCAUGUUGAACACCAUCCCUUGUGUCUCUCGACUCUACCACAGCCUCCGUUGUAAAUGAACCUGUGAGAAAGUCACAACACAUAGACAUCUCUAAUUUGAAAAUCUUGGUAUGUCCAUCUUCUUUUUUUUCAUUGCAAUGUUAAAGGUUCGAGUGAGGGUCUAUGGAUUUCGCGUAGUGGUAUGGCAGUGUUCCCUAGAUUUCAUUUAUUUUUUUUUGUAGCCUUUUGACUAUUAUUAUAAUAUCUGUACAUUAAUCGGUUAAUUAUAAAUCAUAGAUACAAUAAUAUUGUUUUCUCAAAAAAAAAAAAGAUAACAAUAUUCUUUACCUAUUUUCAUUAAGAACUAUUUUUAGUCACACUACAAGAAAACAUAUUUUUUACUAGGACAAUAUUCGUUGUAAAUUCGUCGUAAACAGGGUGUUACGACGAAUUAACGUCGAAAGACGUUUCGUUGUUAAACGUCCGUCGUAACGGAGGUUUCGUCGUAAACGACUCGUU